UCUACUUAAACAGCUUCACCUCCAGACAGCAGGUCGGUUGAACAAAAUGGCAUCGUAUGCAGACGAGCCAGUCGACAGCUACUUCUACUCAUCAUCUUACAACAACAACAACAACAACCCUUACCUGGGCAGGUAUCAGCCUCGAGCUAAAGAGUGGAGGUAUAAGAGCUACCUGUCUCACUAUGGAGACUCCUCCUCUUCGGAGGCGUUCAACAACCAGCAGCGAGCUCAGCUGAAAUCCAUCUUAUCCCAGAUCAACCCUAAACUCACCCCGAGGCUCCGGAGGGCCAACACCCGGGACGUGGCGGUGCAGGUGAACCCGAGGAGAGACGCUGAGGUGCAGUGCUCCAUCGGGACCAGGACCCUGCUGGCCUGGAAGAGGGAUGCACGACGCAGGAGAAAGCAGGACUCCUCCAACAUCUCCAACAUCUCCUCCUCCAGAGCUGCAGGCGGUGCAGCAGUGCGUUAUCCUCGCACCCUCGCUGUGUAUUCACCCAUCGCCUACAGGAGCGUCACCUCCUUCAUAACAUCAACGUGUCCUUUGGUGGAUGAAAACAACAACGACAACAACAGCAGCAGUCAGGAGGCCUCCUGCGGUGAGGCGCACACUGGUGACCCGCCCGGUGACCCGCCGGAGAAGAGCGCAGACAUCCAGGCCGGUGAGGAUGGAAAGAGCGCAAAGCUCCCAGACAAACGCAACAUGCCCAAAACCAAACAACAGGUGGAGAAGAGCGAGGACGCACUGAUGACAUCAGAGGGGUCAAAGGGCAAAGCGCGCGUCCGGUUCCAGUUUCUGGAACAGAAGUACGGAUAUUAUCACUGCAGAGAAUGCAAUCUGCGGUGGGAGAGUGCCUAUGUUUGGUGCGUUCAGGGCACCAGCAAGGUUUACUUCAAACAGUACUGCAGGAAAUGCCAAAAGGACUUCAACCCGUACCGUGUUGAGGACAUCACAUGUCACACUUGCAACAAAGCACGCUGUUCCUGUGCGAUAACACAACGCCACGUCGACCCCAAGCGGCCCCACAGACAGGAUUUGUGCGGCAGAUGCAAAGGCAAGCGGCUCUCCUGCGAAAGCACUUUCAGCUUCAAGUACAUCAUCUAGAAGAACAUCUGGAGCUGAACUUUGCAAACACAUCUGUACUGUACAUGUGUCCUGUGGGUGGGGGUUGCACCUUCAACCCAGCGCCACUAUAUUUGCAGAUGCAAUGACGGCAAUUUUUGGAUGCAAAACAUUAGAUUUGAUGUUUCAAAACUUUAUUUCAUGCCUGUUUUGUGUUGAUGAAAUUAAUGGUAAGCACCACACAGUUUACGAUGUAAUAAAUGGCUACCUUGCACUCUG